AUGUUUGUUGGCGUUCGAUUCUUACUAUUAUUUACAAGUAUGGUGGCAAAUCCCUUCAAGUCAACUAAAUGUGUAUUCUCGUCGGAGAGACGACUCGUCGAUUUUACUAGUUCAAGUUCAUCUGUUAACGAUUGGAUUGAAAUAUCGGAUACGGAAAGGGAUGUUGGAAAAUCUAAAGGCGCACUUCUGCAGCAGAAAACACAACAAUUUCAACGUGCAAUUUUUUUCACACUACUUAAUCCACAACCCAAUGGUGCUGGAUUUGCUGGUGUUGCUUAUCGUCAACAAUCGUUUGAUUUAAGUGCAUUCACUGGAAUUAAAUUAUCUGUACGAGCACAAGGCGAAAAUUAUUGGUAUAAAGUUAUCUUAAGACAUCAUAAUGAAGAAUCAUCUUUGCUACCAUCCUACGAAAUCUUUUUCAAGCUACCAAAAAAUGAAAUGACUGAUCAAUAUUUACCGUUUACUGAUUUUAAACCUUAUAGUCGGGGCAAGCCGUUAGAUCCAAAUACAACACCACCACUGGAUCGAACAGAUAUAACAAGUAUUGGCUUGCAAAUUUUUGGUGGUGUUUAUUCGGCUACGAAACAACAGGGCGCUUCUAGUUUGGAAAUUGAUUUCAUUAGUGCUGUUCAAUGUGAUUGA